CACUGUUUGAGUAAUAUACAUACAACUAGCAAGAUGAUUGGACACAAUAUCAUGAUUUUGAUUUGUAUUGAAAUGAUCACGGCACCAGCAACAAAACCACCGACGUACUAUCCAAAUCUCCCAAUGGGCGAAUAUAAAUUUAAAAUAAAGGCUGCCAGUGUCUGUGAGCACUUUGAACAUGCUAAGUUACAGAUAAACUUCUACGUAAGUAGGACAAAUGCUACUACAUAUGUAAUGAAGGGCAAUUUUACAUAUUUAAUUCCAUUUGACGAUUCUAUGUCCCUUACCCUGAGUUUUGCUAAAAGAGGCUCUAUUGGAGGUUGGGCUGAAAAUUUUCACAUUUACUCGACGCCCAAAGCUUGUUCGAAAUUGAAUUGGAUAAUGGGAAGUAUAUUUUCUGUUUUAAAGAAACAAUUUAAUUGGACUGGCUGCCCAAUAAAACCGGGAGUUUAUGCGACGUCUGAAAUCGACAUGGAAAAGUUUAAGGAUAAUAAUUUUCCAAAGGUAUUUUUCUACGGUGAAUAUAAAUUGAAAAUUAGCAUCACUAGCAGUAUUGGCGAAACACUUGGUUGUAGCAAUUAUUAUGUGGAUAUUUUACGUCCAUGGGAAGUUUAGAUGUCACCAUAAUAUUUUGACCGAAUGCAACAAAACAAGAAAACACAAAAUAAAAUUACAAUAUUCAUAAAUGAAACAGCUGAUGGCAUUUUAGUUUAAAAUUAGUCGUAAUAAAUGUUUAUAGUUAAUUAGGCUGAGAACAUUAAGCAAAACAUACAAUUGAAUUUUACAAUGAUUUUAUACCAAGUACUACUUUGGAAACUGAAAAUGUUGUCGAUAGUUCUGUAGAAUCAAGUGAAAAUUUAAAAGUAAAUUUUGGUCAGUUUGAUAAAGGAUGAUGCGGUUGU